AUGAAUGAAUUAUAAUUCAUUUAAUAUAGAUAUUAAUUGAGAAUACAAGAAAAAAAAUCAGAAAAAGACUUGUGGCUUUCAACUUAUUGCUGCUUUAUGUUUAUGUUGCUUAAGGCAUUCAAUAUGACUGGAAAAAUGGGAAUGAUGCAAAUAUAUGAUUUCCUAUAUUCAACCAAUUUUCCAUCAGGUCUCGAUUCAGGACUUGUAAGUCUUGGAAAUGUUUAAUGGUUUUGUUACGAGAUGGCUGCCCCUUUGAGUUUGCCAAUGAUGCCAAUGCUUUUAUUGAAAGUUUAAUUCAAAUACAUAUUUUUCUUUUCCUCAUUAGGAUCUAUUUUGUUUAUUAUACCCCUUUAAUUUGCAACAAUCUGCAAAGACGCUGAACAGCCUAUUUGCAAUGUCUUUGCAUUAUGGACAUUCACAAUAGUGUUUUCAUUUAUCUCAGGAUUUUGUAAGACUUUGCUGCUUUUUUCGAUGCUUUAUUAUUUGUCAAAUUUGGCUGGUGGACGGGAGAAGAUAAUUUACUAUAGUUCGUUCUAUUUUAUGUAUGUAUAUAGAUAUUAUAAUUUAAUGCAUAGACAUCAAUUUCAAUGGUUGGUGGGUAGUCUGAUAGGGAAUUUGCUGGUUCAUAUUUGUAGUAGAGAUUCAUUAGUAGAAACAUUAAAACACGUUUAUAUUAUAUUGAUAGUCAGUUCUUUGUUUUUAUGUUCGUUAUUCUUAACAAUUCCUGAUGAAAAGAAGAAGUCAAAGUUUAAGAAGUUCAAUAAGAUUAUUGCUCAAUUGUUGAUGGAGAAUGGUAAGGAAAACAAAAAGAUCUUGAAAUUAGAACUACAGAAGAUGAAUUAGAAGAAAGAGCAGAAUGAAUUAUAUCAUAAACUAAUAGAGGAGGAAGUGACUGGGGAAAAUGGGAAGAUUAAAAAAAUUAUGGAUUAGUAGGUAUAGAUGAUGCAGACUCAGCAGUUCUUUACGAUUUAAAGUUUUUCAUAUGAAGAGAACAACCUAUAGGAUAUUUUGUCAGAGAAGCCAAGUUCAGCUGAAGAUCUGCGAUGGGUGUAAGCUGGUUAGAAAACAAUAUCGAUGGAGGAAUAUGUAAAAAACAAUUACUUUGGAAAUUUAUAUUUAACUUUGUCCGUUCUUUGUUCUGAAGGAUUCUUUUAUUUUAUAAUUUUGAUUUUCAAUGUUGGAAAUUUGAUGUCCUUUUUGUUGUUGUAAUUGCCAAACUUAUUGACAAUAAAUUCAGUGUUGGAUGCUGAGAUGAGGGCUGCCACAAUUUAUGAAGGAUUCUUGUAUGUAGGGAUAGGACAGAUUUUUGGAUGUUUUUAUAUAGGGUUGUUUGGAGACUUCUCAUAAAAAAUAACAGGACUGUAUUAUAUUCUUGGAGUAUAUCAAUUGGGUUGCUUUUUGGCUUGGGGAAUCUACAUAUUUUAAAUAGAGUUUUUAGUAUUUGUAAUGUCAUUCAUUUUUGGAUUCAGCUGUUCUGCAAUGAUGUCAACCACCAUAUCAUUUUAGAUCGUUUAUUUUCAAAAAUUCAUUUACUCAGUCGAUUUAAUGUAUAUAAUUUACAGUUUCUCUUUCUCUAUCACCUCCUUAUUAUAUAUUCUAACUAACUUUUUCGGAAAAUUUUGUGGUUUGAUAUUGUUAUAGAGUUCAGGAAUAUUUGGAUUAUUAUCAAUUUGGAGAAUACACAUGAAAUUGAAGGCAAAAGUGAAUAAAUAAUAAUGACUAAUUAUUAUACAAUAA